CUCACUUGUUUAAUGCUAACCGCCUUUCUACUUUCUAUUUCUACUUUAAAAACGAAAAAAAACUCCACCUUCUUUACAAUCUAUCGAAACGUCAUCUAAAGCGUACCUAACACAGGAAACGACAUAUACUGAGGAGAUCUGCAGACUUUUUGUUAAGACAGUAAUAAUCGAUUUGACCCUGAAAAGUGUGUCGUUCUGCCCUGGAAUAACGUUAACUUACCUGGGAAAGGCAGACGCAAGACUUCGUUUUAGCUGUUGUUGAGUAAUUCACAAAAAGUAUUGAAGCUAAAUGCGCAUUAUACUCCCCACAUAAACAGUCCUAUAUUUAUUUAGUUUAGCCAUAUAACGUUUUAUAUAACAAUGUCAUGCUGGGGAAUCUUUGUACGGAGACAAUACCAGUUCUCCUCGCUGUUCAAAUUGCAUCAACUCAACAUCCAACCAACGUGUCAUCGGAGAGGAUUCCAUAAAACGACUACUGUCAACACAUAUGAUGUAAGAAAGGUGGAGUUAACGCCCCUGGAGCAGAGGAAACUCACGUUUGACUCCCAUGCGCUCGUUAAAGAGCUGGAAUCCAGCGGCUUUGAGAAGAGGCAGGCAGAAGUGAUUGUCACAGCACUGGUGACUCUUACUACAGCCAAUAUGGACAUUGUAUACAGAGACAUGGUCACUGGAGCCCAUCAGGAAAUAGCUCUACAACAAAUCAUGGCUCAUCUAGACGCUAUUAGGAAAGACAUGGUUAUUCUGGAGAAGAGUGAAUUUGCCAAUUUACGCUCUGAAAAUGCUAAAAUGAAAACAGAGCUGGAGCAAAUAAAGAACAGACUACUGGAAGAAAGUCAAAAAAUCAGAGCAGAUGCAAAGUUAGAUAUUAAUCUGGAGCGAAGCAGAGUUACAGACAUGUUUACAGAACAAGAGAAGAAGCUUAUGGAAGUUAAAACAGAGUUCCAAAAAAUGAAUGCAGAUAUAGAAAGUGAAGCUGUGGAUACUUCAAAGAAAAUAGACAUACAAGUUGCCUCUUUGAAAACCCUUCUGGAAUCACUCAAGCUAGAGACGAUUAGAUAUCUUGCAGCAUGCGUCUUCGCCUGCUUGGCAAUCUCCUUGGGACUCUAUCGCUUUUGGAAAUGAAUCUUACAAAACAGGAGAGAAUGAAUGUUGAGUUUUUAUCUUAAAACUUCUGUCUUUUGUUUUAUUCAUGCUGACGCAUGUAUGUUUUAUUAUAUUAUAUUUUACAUUUCAAUAUUGCGUAUUUUUAUGUGAGCAACAUGAAUGUUUUUUUUUAAGUUUCUUUAGAUCAGAGGUGCCUAAACUUUUAACUACGAAAAGCCAAAAAACAAACUUGUUUGUAAAUGUUGCAUUGUGUCCAAAUAUAUUAUAUUAAAAUAUAAAACCACCUGUAUUCUUUAAAUUUCAAAUGUAAUAAUAAUAAAAAACUUGAAACUGAAAUAUAAAUAAAAAUUUCUUUUCUGUUUUUAGAUAUGGAUAUAGAUAUGGGCCUUAGGUAUAAGAUAUCAAAGGCCUUAGUUUCGGCAUCUCUGCUUUAGACCAAUAUCUUUAGUAUGACAUAUAAAUUCCAGCGAUUGUUUUUGAUAUUGUCAAUGUGUGAGAGUUUGGUCAUAGUUUUUGCACAUUUUCAGUUUUUAAAAGGUAUUCGCCAACAUUCUCUUUCAUGCAAGUACAUAAAAAUCAUUCUUUUGUAAGCACUUUCAUAUGCAUGACAACAAAUAUUAUCGUACCGUUUCAGAAGCUGUUUCUGAUACAGUCAUUUCACUUAAUAUCUUGAACCACAGAGCUUAGCAUGUGGUAAGUAUUAUAUUCUCAAAUUUUCUCCAUGGGUUAAACUAUACAUUUACAAGGAAGCACAAACAUAAAUGCUUCAAUUAUUGUUGUAAUCAGGUUUUAACCUUAACAUGGCUUAUUUUUUGUUAAUACAUACAUAUGAAUCAACCAUGUCGAUCUUGAGGGUCCAUGACCACCAGAUUAAUCAUAUCACACUGGUUUUAGAUUUUGGAGCUCCAUCAUAUCACUGUAGCAUAUCUCUGAAGAGAAGUCAUGUGGAAGUAUGAAUGGCUGUUUAUCAUGUUGGGUGACCAAGGUUUUGUUUUCUUCUGAAAACGGAAAUUGAGAUAUUUAAGUUUGUUAACAGUUUUAGACUAUUGAAAUGCUUCAUUUUAUCAUAUAAUUUAAAGUAUUACAUGUUUUUUUUUAAUUUACAAAUAUUAAAAUACAGAUGAACUAAAAAUAUGGUUGUAACUAAAUUUGUGGUACACAUUUAAAAAGACAAGAACCAAAUAAAUGAACAGAG